AUGGCGAAGAAAAGAAAGGCUUCUGGCCGCAAUACGCAGCCGACAGAGCCUCGCGACGUCGACGCUGCAGCUGCGCGUCUCGGGCCCAUCACCAGCUACAAAGAUGUCGCAGACUCGGAGGACGAAUACUUCAUCAACCGAGACCAGAUCAUGAUCGAUGAUGAGCCGAACAUGAAGCGCAGGAAGAGGGCUGGCGACGACAUUGAGCUCUCGGACGAGGACCUCGACGAUCUCGACGAUGAUUCCGAAGAGGCGGAUGGAGUAGACGACGUGGAUGUCAAGCAGCUGGCCAAGUCCAAGAGGUUGACAAAGGGAGUCCAGUCGGAUGAAGAGGAUGGUGACGGCGAGGAGGUGGGCGACGACAGAUGGUGGGGGUCUUCGAGGAAGGAGUACUACAACGCCGACAUGAUCGAGACGGAGGCGGAUGCGCUCGAAGAAGAAGCCGAGGCGAAGCGUCUGCAACAAAAGAAGCUCUCCAAAAUGGCCGACGAGGAUUUCAUGUUCGACGGUGAUGAAUGGCUGGCGACUGAAGGAUCAAAAGAGGACGAGGCUGAUCAGCCUGUUACCGAAGUGCUGAAAGAGAUUGAAAUCACAGACGACAUGGGCACGGACGAGCGCCGGCGACUGCUGAGGAUGCGGUAUCCUGAGUUUGGGCAUAUCGCGACUGAGCUUGAGCAACAGACUGCUGCUCUGGAAGCACUCAAGCAACAAGCCCAAGCAGGUGGCAGCAAGUCACUAGAAGCUGUCCAGUACUGGGUCCUGGGCUGCUACGUGGCGGCGUUGGCUGGGUACUUUGCGAUCCUCUCCUCGCCUGCGCGCGAUUCUAGGAGGCAGCAAAAGGCCCUGGAGGCAUCAGAGCUACGCGACCACGACGUCAUGGCGACUUUGGUCGAUUGUCGCGAAGCAUGGCGCAAGAUCAAAGACCUCAAGUCGGUACAAAGCGCAGAAGCAGAGGAAGAGAAGGUCGUCGCCCCUUACGACAUUGAGGAGCCCCUCGAUCAGACUGAGAAGAAGCUUCGGAAGAAGCAGAAGAAGGCCGCGGACAAGGCCCUGUCUGAGAAGAAGGCGAAGAAGCUUGCCAAGGCCGAAGCAGUGGAAGACAAGCUCGCUGAUCUCGACGACCUGCCGCUCGUCGCCAAGAAGACCAAGAAGAAGGAAAAGAGUUUUGCCGCCCAGGAUGACUCUGACUCCGACUUUGGUGAAGAGACGAGCCUCGAUGCGCGCACCGCUGCCGACAAGGCCGCACGCAAGAAGAGUCUCAAGUUCUACACGUCGCAGGUUGCGCAAAAGGCCAACCGUCGCGCUGGUGCCAGUCGCGACGCGGGUGGCGACAUGGACAUUCCCUACCGCGAGCGCCUCAAGGACCGACAAGCUCGUCUUCUCCGCGAAGCCGAGAACCGAGCCAAGUCCGGCUCGAAGAAGGGCGCCGACCUCGACGACAACAGUGACAGCGAGGAGGAGACCCAGGCCAAGACGAUGCGCAACAACGAGGACGAGUACUAUGACAUGGUCAAGCACACGUCCGACAAGAACAAGCAGGACAAGGCGGCUCGGUACGCCGCGUUUGCCGCUGCCAGCAAAGCCGAUCGGGUAGUCGAGCGUGAGGAGGUCGGCCAGGACGGCAAGCGCAAGAUUACCUACGCCAUUGAGAAGAACAAGGGCCUCGCCCCAAAGAGGAAGAAGGAAGUGCGCAACCCCAGGGUGAAGAAGAAGAUACAGUUCGAGGCCAAGCAGAAAAAGCUGGCCAGCAUGAAGCCGACCUGGAAGGGUGGCGAGCCAAAGGGUGGCUACAGGGGAGAGGUGACGGGUAUCAACACUGGUGUCAUCAAGAGCACCAGGCUAUAG